CUCUCUGUGUGCCUCAUCCUGCCAUCCAGCCUGUCAGAUCAGCUGGGCCUGGCACUGUGUAGGAGAGAAAACAGCCAGAGAGAGGAAGCCAGAAAGGAGAGGAAGCCCUAAAGAUACCUGCUUAAGAAGAGCCUGCUGUGUAGACCCACAUCCUCUGCCAGAGCCUUGAGUAAGCCAUAGAGCGCUCGACUCUGUCCGCCCUCCUCCCGUCCCCCCCUCCGGCUCACCCAGCAAGAAAAGGCGUAACCGUCUGGCAUCGUUCCAGGAUCAGAACCGACCCCCUGAGGGGGGGGGGAACAGCAAAGAAAUUCUUCAGGUAGGAUGGAAGAAGGAAGAAGCCCAGGCGUCUGGCUGGCUGGACUGCACUGGUUUUAGCCUUCUGGUCUGAUGUUGCUCGGGAAGUCUGUUUUCUACCAAAGACGGAUCUGAAUCUGCUCCUGGGGAGAAUCAUGAAGGAUCCCACACUCCCGGAUCUCUUUUGGAAGAGUUUUCUCUUUGCAGUGGUGCUGCUUUGCCUAUGGAUCCCACCCGCCGCAGGGACCAUGGGCAGGCUUUCCGUCGUCUCCAUUCCCGAAAUCCCAAUGGAGGGCCAGAACGUCACCCUUUCGGCAGAAAACGUGACGGGCACCAUCCGGGAGAUCAGCUGGUUCCGAGGGCCGACGACCGAUGGGGCCUCCAGGCUCUUCAGCUACUUCCCAGGGAACAGCCGCCCGCAACGCAAUGGGAACCAGAACACCCAGCGGGAAUUUGGCUUCCCCAAUGGCUCCCUUCUCAUCACCGGGGUCCAGCCCAGGGAUGCCAAACAAUACAUCGUCUUAAUCCUGCUCCGACCGAAAGGGAUUCUCAGGGGGGCCCUCGAGCUUCAAGUAGCAGGCUCGGCAACCACUCCACGGCCAACGACGCCCACCACGCAGAUGCCGUCCGUCAAGGAGCAGCCACGCGCCCCUUUGAUGCUGGGGUGGAUCGUGGCCGGAGUCGUGGUGGGCAUCUUGCUAGCCGGGGCCCUUGGUGCUAUCCUGGUCUACCGGUUUGUCUUAUACAAAACAGAGCCUGGCCCAGGGGUGACAGGAAAACUGGAUCCAAGAGGGAAAAAAACGCUAGCACCCAAACAUGGUGAUAAGGAACCUAUCUACGAGGUGAUGGAUUCACCUGUAGAAUCACCACAGACUGGAGGGAAGGAACCACCUCCCAUAUUGGGGCCUCUCCCUACUCUGCCAGGUCCUGGCGCGAACCUGGACCCAAAUUAUAUGGAACUGCUGCGCAGGACAGAAUCAAUUUACUCGGAGAUUAAGAGGUGAUGCUCUGUGUCAGAAGGUGACGUCUCUCCCCGACCCAUCAGCUCCUCCUGCUCCAGAAGAAAGGACUCAUUCUAUUAUCCUGGAAUGCCAAUACUCCGUCUCCUAUGUUUCUGCAUGGCCUUGUCUUCUGUGAAUGAAAUUAUUAUUUGUGAGAACAGCAUCCAAACCAUGGUUAAGUUCAAGGCUUAACCGGAGCUGCUGCAACUGUCUCUCAAGGGAAUUGAUGGAAUUUGUUGCAGACAAGACAAAACUGUCUCUUUUCUUCGGUUCACAAAAUGGACCGUUCAUGUGAACUAGAGGGCCAGCCCUCACCCGUACACCUUUGAUGCUGAUACAUACAUUUAUCAUGCAGAAAAAGGCUCUAUGUUGUUCCUUGUGAAUAUGUUCUCAACUACAACCUGCAAUGGUCCUCAUCAUCUAUUUUUUUUCUUCUUCUUCUUCCUGGAGAGCCGUUCUGAGAUAUGGCGGAGAAGCAGUGGACCCAGGGUGGCCCGUGCAGCCUGGGGAGAAUGGGAGUUGUAGUCCAAGGUGCCAGGUUUGGCUUCCCUAAUCUUUUUCCUCGGAUGAGCCACAGACGGAGAUCUUUACAAGCGGUUCAAAAGUGGUGGUGUAGAGACACCCAGCCCAGUUUAUUGUGCCUCUGAAUGACACAUGGUAUGCUUAAACGGAUUUAUCUCUAUCUGGAAAAGCUGCAUUCCAUUAAAAAAAAAAAAAACACAACCCCACACAACUUAAUUUCUCUGGCUUUUGUUAUCAUAUAUGGUGCUUAUCUUGACUGAUCAGAGUAUACCUUUAGAGAAGAUUGCAGAGCACUGGGGAGAUAAGAUAGGUGUGUUGUUAUAAUUCUGGGUUUUGUGUUUACUGGGAAAUUCCCAGUCAUUGGGAGAAAAAUAAAUGUUAGGGUCAGAACAUACAGAAUGGACUGUUUUCUCUGUUCCUGAUGCCCUCCAGGUAUGACAUUAUUACUGAAGACAUCUGGAAGGAGCACUGAAUCAGGGCAAAUUGGGGUAAGGCGUCUGCAAUCGCAGCAGUGUUCCAGAGAUGGACAGUAAUUUCGGAAGAUCCUUGAGAAAUCAGACUUGCAAAUAAAGUCUGUGUUAACGACUGGAAGGGAAAAAAAACACCCCAACCUUUUCUGCUACCUAUAAUAGGAGGUAUAAAAAUUUCCUGGUGAGAUGAGCAGAAAGUUCCAACCCUCAAGGAAGGCCGUCUCUGAAAGCUGUGCCCUGUGUUCGACUUGGCCAAAAUCACGUUGUCCAGAAAACCUGGAUCGAAUCCAGAGCGACUCUAACAAGCUGUUGACCAAGGAGAACCCAAACAGCUUCUUUGUAAAGCAGGGCUGCAUCCACACCACCGCUUUUAGAACGGGAGUAGAUAUCAGGUGCUUUGGGCUACAAUUCCAAAAAAAUCUCUUAUUUUUGGACAUAGUGGAUGAGAUUCAUAUAUGUUUAUUGUGUGCCUUCAUGUCAGUUCUGACUUUCGGU